AUGGCAGGAAAAUCCAGAGUAGCGCAACUUACGCGUACAGAGUUUGUCGAUGCGCAAGGCGCAUCUACUCCGGAUUUUUUUGUCAUCGGCUCCCUUCGAAGCGCAGUGAUCUAUCUUUCAUCCGUAUCGCUCAAGCGUGAGCAACAGAGCCUGACGUCGCCUUCGCUUUGCGGGAUGCUGUGCUGUGAUUUCUUGAACCCAGACUGA